GAGGGGCUGCCAGGGAGGCGGAGAAGGAGAAGAAAGCUACAACAUGGCGGCCACGGCCGCCCCAAAGCGCUGGGCGCUGUGAGGGGGGGCGGGGAGGAGCCCAGGAGCCAACCCCCGGCUAGGGGAGUGGGGGUGUCUCGCCCCUCCUCGCCCUGACCCCGAAGUGGGGCCCACCGUGAUGGGGGUCCAGGGCUUCCAGGAGUUCGUGGAGAAGCGCUGCCCGGGCGCCGUGGUGCCCGUCGACCUGCUCAAGCUGGCCCGGGCGGCGGGGGUGCGCGGGGGGCCCCCCUACUGUGGCCUGGCUGGCUACCUCCAGCCACUGCCUGGGCCCUACCCCCCGCCUCUCGUGGCCCACUCCCAGCAUGCUCCGGGGCUGGCAUCGGUAGCUCACUCCCAGCAUGCUCCGGGGCUGGCGGCCCACUCCCAGCAUGCUCCGGGGCUGGCGUCGGUAGCUCACUCCCAGCAUGCUCCGGGGCUGGCGGCCCACUCCCAGCAUGCUCCGGGGCUGGCGUCGGUAGCUCACUCCCAGCAUGCUCCGGGGCUGGCGGCCCACUCCCAGCAUGCUCCGGGGCUGGCGUCGGUAGCUCACUCCCAGCAUGCUCCGGGGCUGGCGGCCCACUCCCAGCAUGCUCCGGGGCUGGCGUCGGUAGCUCACUCCCAGCAUGCUCCGGGGCUGGCGGCCCACUCCCAGCAUGCUCCGGGGCUGGCGUCGGUAGCUCACUCCCAGCAUGCUCCGGGGCUGGCGGCCCACUCCCAGCAUGCUCCGGGGCUGGCGUCGGUAGCUCACUCCCAGCAUGCUCCGGGGCUGGCGACGGUGGUGGCUCACUCCCAGCAUGCUCCGGGGCUGGCGUCAGUAACUCACUCCCAGCAUGCUCCGGGGCUGGCGACGGUGGCGGCUCACUCCCAGCAUGCUCCGGGGCUGGCAACGGCCUGCCCGGCCCGGCUGCUGGUGGACGCAGACUCGGCCCUGCAGCGGCUAUAUGGCGGCUACCAGACGGACUGGGUGUGUGGUGGCCAGUGGAAUGCCAUGGUGGGCUACCUGGCGGCCCUGUCCCAGGCCUGCCUCUACCAGGGCGGGCUGGAGCUCGUGAUCAUCUUCAACGGCGGGCUGGGCAAGGAGCGGCUGCCCGAGUGGGGCCGCAAGGCCCAGGCCGAGCGGCAGACGGCCCAGCUCAUCGCCGGCCACGUGGGCAACAAGGGCACCCCGCCCCCCCGCGCCUGGUUCCUGCCCCCUGCCUGCUUGGAGCACUGCGUCCGCCUGGCCAUGAUCCGCUUCCGGGUCAAGGUCUUCCAGAGCCUGGAGGACCAUCACCUGGAGGUGGUGUCCUUCUUCCGGGAGCGUGGCUUCCAUGGGCUGCUGGCCCAUGACUCAGAGUUCGCCCUGGCCAGCCUGCCCUGCUACUUCAGCGCCCAUGCCCUGAAGCUGAGCUGGAACGGCAAGAGCCUCACAACCAAUCAGUUCCUCAUGCACCAGGUGGCCAAGCAGCUGGGACUGAAGGUCUCCAGCUUCCCCAUCUUCGCCGCCCUGCUGGGUAAUCACAUCCUCCCGGACGAGGACCUGGCUGCUUUCCACUGGAGCCUGCUGGGGCCAGACCACCCGCUGGCAUCGCUCAAGGUAGACUCCUGUCCCCUGGCACUGCCCCACAGCAGCCUGGUAGGGCUGGGAUGGGAUUGGCCUUGUGGACAGGCAUUGUGGGUCGGAGCAGAGGGGACUGAGAGCCAGGAUUCCUGGCCCUAGGAAGGGAGUGGGGUC